UCAACACGCGGUCGAAACUUGUUUUGAUUUCAUUCGCACGUUUUUGCUCAAAAACUGUUACAGAAAAAUAUAGUUUUCGAACUAGUUUUCAAGCUCUAAUUUAUGAAAUAUUGAUUAGUUUACGUAGUAAUUCUUAUAACAAGAUGGGUAAGUCAAAGGCACACCGGAUCAAAGCCCUGGGAGCUUCAAAAAUGUCACUCGGUGAGCAGCUAGUCGAAGGACGAGUAUCGAAAAAACCCAAAGCCAGCAAGUUUCGGCUCCGAGCUGAAGAGGAAGAUUUCGUAGAUGCCAAAACUACCAAAAAGAUUUUGAACCAGGCCCGGAAGCAGCAAGCCGAACUGAACCUGCUGGAUGACUCAUUUGGCCCUUCGCUAUCGGAAUCCGCCGCUCUAGCCGGAGGCCGCAAGAAACAUCGACUAGGUGAUCACGACUCUUCGGACGAAUCCGAUGAAGAAUUUCGCGAGGAUGCAGAUGUCGACGGGCAGGAUUUUUUCGAUGACAUCAAAAUUAACGCGGAAGAUGAAAGGGCCUUGGAGCUGUUCCAGAAUAAAGAUGGAGUCAAAACACGAACUUUGGCCGACAUGAUCAUGGAUAAGAUUACAGAGAAGCAAACUGAAAUUCAGACACAAUUUUCUGACAAUGGUUCACUGAAAAUGGAAGAAAUUGAUCCACGAGUUAAGGAAAUGUACGAGGGCGUUCGGGAUGUUUUGAAGCGCUAUCGAAGUGGUCGCAUUCCAAAGGCGUUCAAAAUUGUUCCGAAGCUAAGGAACUGGGAACAAAUUCUUUACAUAACAGAGCCACAUAAUUGGAGCGCAGCUGCAAUGUUCCAAGCGACGAGACUUUUCUCUUCGGGUUUGACACAAUACAUGGCUCAGCGGUUUUACAAUUUGGUUCUGCUACCGCGAAUUCGAGAUGAUUUAGCCGAAUACCACAAACUUAAUUUCUAUCUUUACCGGGCACUGAAGAAAGCCUUGUUCAAACCAGCAGCCUUCAUGAAAGGUAUCAUUCUGCCCCUACUAGAAUCCGGCGACUGUACACUACGAGAGGCAAUUAUUUUCGGAAGCAUCAUCAAUACCACCUCGAUUCCGGUAUUGCACACCUCGGCUUGUCUGCUCAAGAUCUGCGAAAUGGAAUACUCGGGAGCCAAUUCUAUAUUCAUCAGAAUCAUUCUGGACAAACGAUACGCACUGCCUUAUCGUGUGGUGGAUGCAGCCGUUUUUCAUUUCCUGCGCUUCGAGCAGGAUAAACGAGAGCUUCCGACACUCUGGCACCACGCACUAUUGUCCUUUGCCCAGCGAUACAAGAACGAUAUAUCCACCGAACAGAGGGAAGCUUUGCUGCACUUGCUAAAGAAAAAAUCACACCCAAAGAUCACUCCAGAAAUCCGCAGGGAGCUUAUGGCGGCUCAGUGUCGUGACGUCGAAAUGGGCGAAAGUUUGGCUCACGAGGCCAAUAUGGAGUACAAAGAGGAUGACGACUUCACGCCAAUGGAUGAUGAUGGACCCACGGCGUCUUCUUCGGGCAAAAGCGGAGCCGUCCAGCAGAUGGAAGAAGACAGCGAUGAUGAUGAUGAUGAUGAAGAUAGUAAUGAUGAGGAGGAAAAUCUUUAGAAUGGAAUAUUUCUACGGAUACUAUUUUUAUUAAAGUUAUAUUUGAAGGCAAAUAUUGUAAGCUAUACAAUUGAAUUUGGAACAAAUAAAAAUUAACCGAAAUCACUAACUUUUUA